GGAGCAGGAGCAUAAAUAUCAAUGUUUCACACACUAGAAUACCGAAAAUGUAUGGUAAUUCCGAAAGACCGACGUCUGCCAGUCCUUGUGUGGAUGACGUUGUAUGAUUCUAGAAAUCCGAAGAGAAUUGAUCGUCGAGACCAUGGUGCUGGAGUCCUUGGGAGUGGGAGCAUGGCUGGAGCCCGGAAAGUGGCUUCCGCAGGCAGAGAGUGUCGGUGAUAUGCCUCUAGGGAUCGCCCCCGCCAGUGUGGAACGUGCGGCGAUCUGUCCUACAGAUCUGGAUCCAACGGAUACGCUCAGCGUUGCGGAGCAGUGAAAUCAUCCCAUUCUAGCCCCAGUCUUGGCUGCUGCUGUGGGCGCAUUUUAGGAUACUGGUUUCCGACGCGGACGAACCUCGGGUUCACGCACGGCCCGUCGUCGUCCAAAGAGAUUCC